AUGAGAGUUUCAGAGCCCUUACUACUCACGACAGCCUCUGCCAUCUUGGCAGGCCUGGCCAACGCAGGUCCCACUGUUGAUCUGGGUUAUGCGACCUAUGAAGGGUACUAUGACUCAACCUACGAGCUGAAUGUCUGGAAAAGCAUCCGAUAUGCCGCCCCUCCAAUAGGAAACCUGCGCUGGCAGGCGCCUGCCCCUCCAGUACAGAACAACACUCAUAUCACGCAAGCGGUGCAGCAGCCGCCGAUGUGCCCGCAAUCGGGAGCUGCCAAGACACCAGCCGUCUAUGGAUUCAAUUCCGGCGCCGGAGAUGAAGACUGCCUGUUCUUGAACCUCUAUGCCCCGCCUGGUGCCCAGGACUUGCCUGUCUUCUUAUGGAUUCAUGGUGGCGGCUAUGGGCUCUUUGGUGCUGUAUAUGACCCAAGCCCGAUGAUGAAUGCCAAUAACAAUGGAUUUAUCACCGUAGAAAUUCAGUACCGACUGGGCGCCUUCGGCUUCCUUUCCUCCGAUGACGUCCACACUUAUGGUGAGACAAACGCCGGCCUCUUGGACCAACGCUUUGCUAUGGAGUGGGUGCAGAAUCAUAUUCAAAAGUUCGGUGGCGACCCCUCGCGGGUCACUAUCGGUGGAGAGUCUUCGGGCGCAGGUUCAGUUAUGCUACACUCGCUAGCUUACGGCGGGCGGGAGGAUCGUCUCUUCACUAAUAUCAUCGGCGCCAGUGCGUGGUCGCCCCCAGCGUACAAGUACAACGACUCUAUCCCCACGCAGUACUACAAUGACUUUGCGGAACUAGCCGGUUGUAGCAGUGACAUGGUUGGCGAUACCGCAAGGAAAUACCAGACUGUCUUUGACUGUUUGGUUAAUGCCGACACCAUGGUGUUGCAGAAUGCUAGUGGCAUUGUCUCAACCUCUGGAUUGUUCGGUACCUUCGCUUUCUUGCCCGUUGUUGACGGGGAUUUCAUUCAGUACCGACCAGCUGAGCAAUUAUCAUCGGGCCGAGUCAGCGGUAAACGCAUUCUGAUUGGAAACAAUGCCAACGAUGGAGUCCCCCUGAGCAACCCGAAUGUGAUUGGCAGAGCUGCGUUUGUGGACUAUGUCAAGACUACAUAUCCGCGUUUGACCGCGGAUGAUGUCUCGGAACUUAUAGAGAUCUAUAAGUACCAAGACUCCCAGCCUACUUCCUCAAAUCCACGUUUCGACACACUGGGCAGCACUAAGCCGACCGCACUAAACGAGUCGGAGAUGGCUACUGGUCUUCAACAGACAGUUUUCGACAUCUACGCCGAAACCAAAUUCGAUUGCCCAGCUCAAUGGCUUGCAGAGGCUUUCAGCAAGGACUCUCGCCAAAGUUGGAAGUAUCAGUUCUCUGUAACCCCAGCGUACCACGGCGCUGACCUGAGCGCCUACUUUUCUACUAAUUCUUCGCUGCCCGCUGAUUUCGUUCGUGCCUUCCAGAAAAUCUGGGGUAAUUUUAUUAUCAACGAUACCCCAGUUAUUUCUGUCAACGACGCAACCGGCGGCAAGCUCAAUUCGACGGUGCCAGCGGCCAGGAAUGGACUGAUUGACUGGCCUAAUUUCACCCCCAACCAUCCUUGGCAGAUGGACCUGAAUGCCACUGGAGGCACACUUGCCACCGUCUACGUCACCCCCAACCUUACCUUUUAUGAACGUCUUGGUCCUGGCAUAGUCAAUGUCUUCCGCUUGGCUAAUGCUUACACUUGGGAGGGUGGCCGUGGCCGUCGCUGCGAUUUCUGGCUGAAGGUCUCCCCCGAGUCCCCCAGUGAGACCAAAUGUACACAUCAUUUCUGUGUAUAG